CCUCCAUGGCACCAUGUCGACCCGCACUCAAGCAACAGACUGUAACACCCGCGAGUCAAGCUUCUCCAAUUCGAGCAGACCGACUCUAACUAAAGGGUACGCACUGGACGCCCAUGUCCCUGUCCAACCGUGCAGGCUUGGAAGAUUUGAUGCUGUUUGAUGCUGGUGCUGGUGCUGGUGUCCUCAGCUGCGAAGGUCCAGCAGCAUUGCAAUCUGAAACGUCUAAAAGUGACAAGAAUGGAGUUCAUUACCCCCAUGUGGUUGGGAAAGGUGGCACUCCGGACUCCGUUUCGGUUCCUGAAUUGCAAUCCAUCCGCCGCGAACCGUGGAACAACUUCUGUCGGCAAUACGGGAACCCGCCGUUGCUGGCCGGCUCCUUUUCCACUUCGCACCGUCCACUUGUUUCCACUUCAGUUCAGCUCAACAUAGUAAAGCGGCCGACUUGGGCCAACGCCCCAGCCCAGCCCCAUCCCGGUUCGCUUCAACCUUGA